ACUUGCGAAAUAAUAAACACAGCCAGGUUUGAUCGAGGUUUUGCUCUUCACUGAGCCACUAAACAAGAAGCUAGCGCUUAAGUAAAAAUGGAGAAAGAUUACUGCGUCACGCAACUCAUCGAUGGCCGUGGUGAAUUCAAUGCUUCUGGGAUCGACAUCUUCACAAAGGAUGUCAACUUUGCUGCGUGUGGAGAAUCUUAUGCCAUCGUUGCCGUCAUGGGUCCUCAGAGCAGUGGGAAGAGCACUUUGAUGAACCAUCUUUUUCACACCGACUUCAAGGAGAUGGAUGGCAGAGCCGGAAGGAACCAAACAACAUUGGGCAUUUGGAUAGCCAAGUGCGUUGGCAUUGAGCCUUUCACUAUCGCCGUCGAUUUGGAGGGCAGUGACGGCAGAGAGAGGGGCUCGCAUGAUACUGCAUUCGAGAAACAAAGUGCUCUAUUUGCGCUGGCAAUUUCAGACAUUUUGUUGAUAAAUAUGUGGUGCAUUGAAAUCGGACGGGAGCAAGCUGCAAAUAAACCUUUACUAAGAACAGUUUUUCAGGUUAUGAUGAGCUUAUUUGGUCCCGGCCGAAAGAAGACGUUACUUUUUGUUGUACGUGAUAAAAUUCCAGAGACCCCGUUAGAAAGAUUGGAAGCUACUUUACUGACAGAUAUUAAUAAGAUAUGGGACGAAGUUCCGAAACCCCAACAACAUGAAAGUACACAUCUCAGUGAAUGUUUCAAGGUGGAAGUAGUUGCUUUGUCUCAUUAUGUUUACGAGAGGAAGAAGUUUGAGGAGGAGGUUGCUGAAUUGAGGCAGCGGUUUUCCAAUUCUAUUUCUCCGGAAGGGCUUGCUGGUGGUGACAGAAAUGGCGUUGUCCCUGCCUCGGGAUUUUCUUUUAGUGCUCAGCAUAUUUGGAAACAAAUCAAACAGAACAAAGACCUGGAUCUUCCUUCUCUCAAUGUUAUGGUUGCCAACGUUCGGUGUGAGGAGAUAGCGAACGAGAUAUUCAAUCAGUUGACAACAAAUCAGGAUUGGUUGAAACUGGAAGAAGCUGUCAAAAUUGGUAUUGUAGAAGGUUUUGGUGAAAUGGUUAGCUCAAUUCUAGAGUCCUGUUUUAAUCAAUAUGAGAUGGAGACCAAGUACUUUGACAAAACUGUAAAGAACACAAAGCGACGUGACGUAUUGGAGAAAAAGGCAUACGAGUUUGUGCACCCAGCGUACACUACCCUGAUCAACAACAUACGUUUCAGAACGUUUAAAGAGUUCAAAGUGAAACUGCAACAGGCAUUAGACAAUAAAGAAGACAUAGAUGCAUCUGUUCAGACCCUCACUGAGUCUUCCAUUAUUGAGUUUAACCAUGGAUGUACAGAUGCUGCCAUAAAAGAUGCUAAUUGGGAUGUUUCAAGCACUCGAAAUAUACUUAGCUCCGAUAUAAAGGGACAUGCAGAAACUGCUUCCGUCUUCGAAGAUUUGAAAAGAGUGAAUCUCAAGGACAAGAAGGAGGCUAAGGAGCAGUUUGACAGGAUGGAAAAAAAGCUUGCAGAAGAGAGAGAGAGAUAUGCCAAACAGCUGGCGAAACUGCAGGCGCUUAGCAACAGGGGGCCAUUAGAUUUUGUUGGACAGAUAUUUGAGGAUGUCGGCAAUGCAGUUGGUGGCGCUGUUGUUGUUGCAGCUAAUGCCGUUGGCGGCGUUGCUGUUGAUGGAGCUAAUGCCGUCGCCGGCGUUGCUGUUGAUGGAGCUAAUGCCGUAGCCGGCGUUGCUGUUGAUGGAGCUAAUGCCGUAGCCGGCGUUGCUGUUGAUGGAGCUAAUGCCGUCGCCGGCGUUGCUGUUGAUGGAGUUAAUGCCGUCAGCAGCGUUGCUGUUGAUGGAGCUAAUGCCGUCGGCGGCGCUGCUGUCGAUGUAGCUAACGCCGUCGGGGGCGCAGCUGUUGAUGUAGCUAAUGCCGUCGGUGGCGUUCUACGUUUUUGAUGCGAACAACGCCGUCACUCACGAUACUUUUAUUCUCGAUGGCGCUGCCAAAAUAAGCUGUAUUUUUAGU